UUCUCCAGUGCUUCCUGGGUUUGUUUGGAUUUUUAUUUGGCUGAAGGACAGAACACUAAUUUACACUCCAGAUCACCCAGAAGACACAAUGAGCGUUAAAGCUUUCAAGCUCGUUUCUGCUGUUGAGCGGGAGAUGUUAAUGGGAGACAAAAAUUACAUCAACAUCGAGUGCAUUGAGUGCUGUGGGAAGAACCUCUACAUUGGAACCAAUGAUUGCUUUAUCUAUCACUUCAUGUUGGAUGAAAAGGUAUCAACAGCUGGAAAAAUAACUUUUGCUGCUACCAAACAACUGCAUAAAUACCUGGGCUUGAAGAAACCUGUGAGCGAGUUGAAAGCGGCCUCUGCCCUCACCAGACUUCUCGUGCUUUGUGACAACACGAUAACACUAGUUAACAUGAUAAACUUGGAACCCGUCCCCACCGGUGCUAGGAUCAAAGGAGCUGUGACAUUCACUUUGAAUGAAAACCCAGUGAGCGGGGAUCCGUUCUGCGUGGAAGUCUGCAUCAUCUCGGUCAAGCGUCGGACCAUUCAGAUGUUCAUGGUGUUUGAAGACAGAGUCCAGAUAGUGAAGGAAGUGUUUACUCCAGAGCAACCCUGUGCUGUGGCUGUAGAUGGAUACUACUUAUGCCUUGCACUUACUACACAGUAUAUAAUUUUGAAUUAUAAUACUGGCGUCUCCCAGGAUCUAUUUCCUUAUUGCAGUGAUGAGAAACGGCCAAUUGUGAAAAGGAUAGGCAGACAAGAGUUUCUCUUGGCUGGCCCUGGAGGCCUAGGCAUGUUUGCAACUGUAGAUGGGAUCUCACAGCGCGCCCCAGUGCACUGGUCAGAGAAUGUGAUUGGGGCAGCUUUGUGCUUUCCUUAUGUGGUGGCUCUAGAUGAUGAGUUCAUUACGGUGCACAGCAUGCUGGACCAGCAGCAAAAGCAAACCCUGCCUUUUAAAGAAGGUCACAUUCUACAGGACUUUGAAGGAAAGGUGAUUGUUGCUACUAACAAGGGUGUGUAUAUCUUGGUGCCGCUACCUUUGGAAAAACAGAUUCAAGAUCUUCUAGCUAGCCACAGAGUAGAAGAAGCCCUUGUUCUAGCAAAAGGAGCUCGAAGGAAUAUUCCAAAAGAGAAAUUUCAGGUAAUGUACAAACGAAUCCUGCAGCAAGCAGGUUUUAUACAGUUUGCACAGCUUCAGUUCCUUGAAGCAAAAGAACUCUUCAGAAGCGGCCAGCUUGAUGUCCGGGAGCUGAUCUCUCUCUACCCCUUCCUGUUGCCUACUUCCUCUUCAUUUAUCCGGUCUCAUCCCCCUCUGCACGAGUACGCCGACCUAAACCAGCUGACCCAAGGGGACCAGGAGAAGAUGAUAAAGUGCAAACGAUUCCUCAUGAGUUACUUGAAUGAAGUCCGCAGCACUGAGGUUGCGAAUGGCUACAAGGAGGAUAUCGACACAGCUUUACUCAAGCUAUAUGCAGAGGCAAAUCAUGAAAGCCUGCUGGACCUGCUAGUUUCAGAGAACUUUUGUCUUUUGACAGAUAGUGCUGCCUGGCUGGAAAAACACAAGAAGUAUUUUGCACUUGGUCUCCUGUAUCAUUACAAUGGUCAGGAUGCUGCAGCGCUUCAGUUAUGGGUGAAAAUAGUUGAUGGAGACAUUGAAGAUUCUACACGUUCAGAUCUCUAUGAAUAUAUAGUAGACUUCCUGACAUUCUGCUCAGACCAAGACCUUGUGUGGAAGUACUCUGCAUGGAUUUUACAAAAAAAUGAAGAGGUCGGCGUACAGAUUUUCACUAAAAGGCCUUUAGAAGAACAGGAGAAAAACAUUAAUCCAGAUGAUAUCAUCACUUGCCUUAACAAAUAUCCUAAAGCACGUGUCAAAUAUCUAGAGCAUCUAGUACUGGAAAGAAAGAUAGAGAAAGAGAAGUACCAUACUCAUCUAGCUGUCUUGUACUUGGAGGCAAUAACUCAGCUAAAAUCUGAGACCACAGAUAAUUGUACAGAAACAACUGAACUGCUGUUUAAAUUACGUAGUUUGCUUCAGAAAUCUGAUCUUUAUAGAAUUCGCUUUAUUUUGGACAAAAUCCAGGGCACAGACCUUCAUAUGGAAAGUGCAAUUUUAUAUGGGAAACUAGAAGAACAUGAGAAGGCUUUGCAUAUCCUUGUCCACGAGUUAAAGGACUUCCAUGCUGCUGAAGAAUACUGUAUAUGGAACUCUGAGAACAGAGACAUGCAGUACAGACAGAGGCUUUUCCAUAUGCUGCUCUCAGUGUAUUUAACUCCAGGCACUUCGGACUGUGCACUAGUCAUGGCUGCUGUGGAUCUCUUGAAUAACCAUGCUGCUGAAUUUGAUGCAGGUCUAGUUUUGCAGGUGGUGCCUGACAGCUGGUCAGUGCAGCUCCUCUCCCCGUUCCUGACUGGAGCAGUGAGACAAAGCAUCCACACAAAAAGAAUGACUCAGGUUGCACUUGGCUUAGCACAAGCUGAAAACUUAAUUUACAAGCAUGAGAAGGUUAAACAAAGAGGAACCCCGAUUCUUCUUUCAGAUAAAAAAGUCUGUCAGGUGUGCCAAAAUCCUUUCUGCGAGCCUGUAUUUGUAAGAUACCCAAAUGGGAGUGUGGUCCACACGCACUGUGCUGCCAACAGACAUCUGAAUUCAAAUGUGACUCAUCACUCUUCCAGCUCCAGCAAUCAGACUUGAACUGUGUUCCAGUCCCACAGGUUCCCGUGACUUACACUCUAUUGAAAGUGGGCUGGAGAGAAAGGAUGAAGUGCAGCUACUUUAAGUAUAAAUCAAGAUGGACAGCUAGUUUUUUGGGUUAAUAGGAAGACUUCCAGUAAAUAUGAAAUAUUGCCACUUAUCUUUCUGAUUUCUAAUGAAUGUAGAUAGAAAAAAAAAUUCACUACCAGACAUGGAGAGGUGCAAAUAUGGGCUCUUCUGUAUAUAGGAAUAAACACUUAAAGAAAAUGAGCCUUUUCUUCACAGUGAGGAUGAAUGUUAUGGAGUCAAGGCAAACAGUUAUUUUAAGAACUGUCACUUUGCACUGAAUGUGGUGUUCAUAAGUUGGUAGAGGUGGAGAUGGCAUCUAUUGAGUUGGAAUUCUUGAAACAUGACAGGACAAGAUUGGCAUGGUGCAGCUUACCAUCAAGACAAAAACGUGCAUCAAUUAUAAUGUUUGCUGCAGCAUGUCUUCUUUUGGGCUGGAUUCUCUUCCCCAGGAUCACAUUAUGAAGUUCAUUUUUUUUGCUCUACAAAAUGUUGGGUCUUGAUGCACUUUUUAGGACCUCCCUCCCAUCCACCUAUAUGGAAUUUAAAUUUAAGCACUGAUCUGUUGGGUUUCAGCUCCUGCAGUUCCUGUAAUAAACUGAGUGGAAACCGACAGCCUCAGUCACACAGGUGUGCUUGGAAGAAGAAGAAAAAAAACAACAAAGAUUGUCUGGUCAGACUGUAGUCACUUUUAUAUGGGGGAAGAGACCUUAACUUUAAUAUUGAUUUAUUUAUUAAUAUGCAAAUAUACUGUACAUACAGUUGAAUAAAUUGACCUUAUCAUUCUAGAGUUUCUUUGGAGGUGGAGGAUUAAGAUGUAGUUGAUACAUAAGUGUACAGAUUAUGUGCGAAGUGUUUGCUAUAACAUAACUUAGGCAGGUUGGAACUUCACAAGAACAGGUUUUAGUCCUUGUUGAUGACUUUGUGCAAUCAAAACCACAUAAAGAAGGUAUAAUUGGCAAGAAAUCUACAAAAGUGCACUACAGGGGUACUGGAUUUGUUAUAUUCUACUAAACAUUCUGUAAACUAAGUUUUUUCAAAUAACAACACAAACUCCUUAUUUAACUGCCCUGAUCUGUGUUCACAUUGCUAUUUAACCAUUUUAAAGCAGGAAUUUAAAAGAGGCUGCUUUCCCCAAGAGAAGUCAGAAAAAUUACAACUUUAAAUAAAAGUUAAGUAUUUCAAAGUUAAAGCAUUUCUUUUCAUUCUGUAAAGCUCUAAUAAAUGCCAGGCUUACUGACCAGCA